AUAUAAUGACGUUAUUCUUUCUGUGUAAAGAGGUGGAUAGAAAUUCGUAUUUAUUUGUUGUUUUAAUAUAAUUUAGAAUGGCUGCUGAAAUCAAGCCCGCACCCAGGACUCCUAACGACAGGUUUUCGACAACGAAGAAACCAGCUUUACUGAGUAAAUUGGAAGGAUGUACAGACGAUGUCAACGCAGCAGUUGUUAUUCCUGGCGAGGAUGGAGUAAUUAGCGUUUGCGACGAUAAGACAGUCCGAGUAUGGCUAAAAAGAGACUCAGGGCAGUACUGGCCGAGUAUCUGCCAGUACAUGCCGUCCGGCUGUACGUCCAUGUUCUACACCCCAGAGACCCGCCAGCUCUUCAUUGGGCAGGAGAAUGGCACUGUGUCGGAGUUCACACUAGCCACAGAUUGUAAUAGAAUUAAUCCUACUCGCGAAUACCUAGCGCACACGGCCCGCGUGACGGGCGUGCAGUUCUCUCUGAGCUGCGAGUGGGUGCUGUCGGUGAGCCGCGACAAGCUGUUCUCGUACCACUGCAGCGAGACGGGGCGCAGGAUCGGCGGGUACUCGUUCGAGGCGUGGUGCACGGCGUUACAGUUCGACUCCCAGUCGAAGUACGCCUUCGUGGGCGACUACAGCGGGCAGAUAACGAUGUUGAAGCUUGAUAACAAUGGCGCUACGCUCGUCACAACGCUUAAAGGACACACCGGGUCUGUGCGCGUUUUGAAUUGGGCGCCGCAGCCUCAACUACUCUUCAGCGGUUCGUUCGACCAGACCAUCAUAGUGUGGGAUAUCGGCGGACAGAAGGGCACGGCUUAUGAAUUACAGGGGCACAGCAACAAAGUAACGGGCCUCUGGUACGUCGGUAGCUGCACCCGCCUUGUCUCCGGGGGCGAAGACGGCGCCCUCGGCGUCUGGGAGAUGGGCGUCCGGCGCCGUGAGACUCCGGCGUGGCGGGAGGCAGACUUAUGCCAACUGUGUAGGGCGCCGUUCAUAUGGAAUGUCCGCGCUAUGAUGGAGAAGAAACAACUAGGACUUCGGCAACAUCAUUGUCGUUGGUGCGGCGCAGCAGUUUGCGCCACUUGCUCCCCGCAUCGCUUACCCCUACCAGUUAUGGGCUUCGAGUUCCCACAGCGCGUCUGCACUGCUUGCUACGAGACACUGCGACACGAACCUCGCGAGUCUCUAGCAUCAUUCCACGAUAUGAAGCACGCCGUAGCAUCGCUGUUCGUGGAUGAAGCAACAGGCCGAAUGGUGACGGCGGGCAAGGACCGCGUCAUCAAAGUGUGGGACGUGUCAGCGUUGCUAGCGCCCGCGCCGCGCGCCGGCACCAGUGACCAGUAGCCGUGAGUCGCAACUCUCUACUCUACACCUAUACACUGAAAGAUGAACACCGUUUGUCUGGGGAAAACUUUGUACUGAUUUUCUUGGUAAAGUGAUAUAUUACGCACCCGAUCCAUAGUUUGUACUUGAUAUCCGAUAUCCUAUGAUUUAAAAGACGCCAUCUUUGACCCAUUCUAUGAUUCUACCAUCGGACUCAUAGGGCCGGUUGUAUCCAACCAUCUGUCAUCGUUAAAGCGUUUCUUAAAUUUUAUUUAUUUAAUCUUUAUUGCACAACAAAAUAAGGUACAAAUGGCGGACUUAAUGCCUCAAGGCAUUCUCUACCAGUCAACCAAUUAUUGUAUAAAUUUUAUUGUAUGGGAGUUUCCAUAGACAACUAGGAAACAAACCAAAUUAUUUUAUUAAAUAUUUUUUGAUUUGUUCUUUUUCAAGUAGUCACACCUCUCGGCCCGGCCACCAGUGGGCCUUGUCGUUUUUUCUUUCGUGUAUGAUAUCUAUUUCAAUUUA